UCAUUCUUAUACCAAAAAUAAUAUUGAGCCUAGCACCGUGCAGAUGUAAUUUUGAUGGACCAUUUAUUUCCUCUUACCUUGUGAAAACAAGUUGUUUUCUUAGAUGACUAAAAAAUGCACUUAAAAAACAAUUCUCCCCUAACCAUGUGAUAAGGGUGAGGAAUUCAAAAUCCAACAAAUGUUGAGCUUUCUACUGUCAGUUAAAUGUAUUGAAUCAAGAAAAUCAAUUUUGAGGGAAGAAAAACAUCAGUUAAAUUUAAUUUACUCAGCAGUUGUCAGGAACCCCAAAGGAGCUGGAAUUUACUCUUCCUAUAGCUGGCGAGUCAGUCUGUUACUGUUUCUUGGGUGCUGGCAAAAGAUACAGACUCCUGGGUCAGAGAUGUAGGACUUUAUCACUCACAGCAAAAGCAGUAGUCACUGUCAACAUGAUGUUCACUCCAGUUCUUCAUGUCCCCUUCCUCCCUCCCUCCUCCCACCCUAGUCCCAUGGAGUCUCAUGCUGUAUUAGUUUACUAGAGCUAGCAAGGUACCACACACUGAGUGGUUUAAGCAACAGAAAUUUAUUGUCUCACAGCUCUGGAGUUUAGAAAUCUGAGAUUAUCCCGACCCUGGAUUUGGGUCGGUUUCCCUGAUGUGCAGCAAAACCAGUCUGACACCGGGUUGUGGUGAAGGAAAGUACGUUUAUUGCAGGGUGCCAAGAAAGGAGAAUGUGCAGCUAGUACUCAAAGGACCUGAACUCCCUGAUGGCUUUCAGGGAAGGGUUUUUUAAGGCACCAUUAGGGAUGUGGGUUGCAGGGUGCCUGGUCAGUUCAUGGACAUUCUUCUGAUUGAUUGGCAAUGAGGUAACAGGGUGAUGUUUCCAGAGUCAACAUCAUCAACUUUCUGAUCCCAAUUGGUCUGGAGUCUACGCACUUAUGGUCAGCUGUUUCCAUCUGGUGGGAGUCUAGUUUCUGUAAAAACAACUUAAGAAUGUGCUUCAGACAUUGUUAUCUAUGUCCUUCAUGGACGAACUAAAGGUCCUGUGACUCUGCUGUUAUGGCUGAUCUUUUGUUUAAAUUGUUACCAGUUUACUUUCCUGGCCCAACAGUUAUUCUUUAUUAUUAUAUGUUCACAUUUUCCUAAUCAUUAACUCUUUAGCCAGCCUUUUGAGACUCGGGAGAAACCUGAAGACGUCAGGAGAAACCUCUUUUACUUUAAGAGAUGUGGGGCACAGAGAGUCCCAAACGAAGUGAGAGGGUACCAAAGGGUCCUGCUCAGUUUCAACAUCAAGAUGUUAGCAGAGCUAGUUCCCUCUGAGAGUCACGAGGGAAGGAUCUGUUCCAGGCCUCUCUCCUUGGCUUGUAAACGGCUGCCUUCUCCCUGUGUCUUCAUAUCAUCUUCUACCUGUACAAGAGAGUGUCCAAAUUUCACCUUUUUAUAAAGACACCAGUUAUACUGGAUUAGGGCCUACCCUAAUGAUUUCAUUUUAACUUAAUUACUUCUGUAAAGACCCUAUCUCCAAAUAUGACCACAUUCUGAUAUACUGGGGGUUAGGACUUCAGCAUAUGAAUUUGGGAGGGGGGAACAAUUCAGCCCAUGACAGAUACUUGCUAACACACAUAGUGGUGUGCAUUACAGGAGAAGAACACGGAGUUGGGAGAUUCACCAUGGAAACAAUCCUGUGCUUGUCCAGAGGAUGUUACCUCAUGCCUCAAGGUUGCUUGCUGCAAGCACAACUCUGAGAAAAGGGCCUUGCAUUCCUGGCACACAGCAAGGAUGUACAGGGGUGCUCAGGACUCACAUGGAUUGUCUCUCCCAAGAGCAAUACUGUCACAGUCUCAGAUCAAGGUACAACUGUACCAUCCUGAGUCUUUAUCAAGUCAGGUUGUGUUUUACACAGAUGUAGAAUUGAUCAUGCCUUUCUAACAGUUGCAGAAAACCCUGAGCCACAGCUCUUUAGUUUGCAAUAAUUAUAUUUAUAAAUAUCUUUAAUACCAGUUAAGGAGUAAGUGUAGAGCUUAGUCAAUUGUUGUCUGCUUUUGUCACAUAAUGAGAAAUAUUUUUAAUUCAAAGAAGAGAUGAUUUCUUUGCCAUUGUUUAUAGCAAAAGGAACUAAAAAAUAUCUUCAGAGUAAUUGAAUGGCAAUAAUUUUUUUCUUCCAACAGAUGGAAUUGCCACUUUUAUAUGUUAUAAUUUUACUUUUGAACAUUUGUGAUUUUUCAUCAGGAAUAACAUAUAAUAAAGGUGAUACGGAGAAACGCUUUGCUUGUGCUAGCGAAGGAUUCCCCCAAAAGAAUGAAAUAAUCAAGUUGUAUCUUUCCUCUGGUGACUUGAAAAUCCAGUGUUUUUUCCAAUCUGAAAUUGAGCUUACUUCAAAGGAAUUUCUAAGCGUGUUCACAUCAGGAGGACUUGCUCCAAGCUUGGGAAUCAUAAAUAGUACAUAUACGGGCAUCUUUCACUUUAAUUUAACUUUGUUCAGUGAUCGAGUUUAUUGGUUGAUUGAUAUUCCCAGAGAAAACAUUACAAAAAAUACAGAUAUUGCAGCUGUAGAAGAAUGGUUAGUAAGGAUCACUUUGCAACAUGGAUUAAAUAUUUAUACUACUGAAGGAACACUAUUGGAUAGUGUUCGAGAACCUAUUCUUCAGUGGAAACUUGGGACUAUAAUGACAAAAAAUGACAUCAGUAAAUUAUAUCCACAUGUGGUAGAUCUCAAAACAGCAAAGUGCCCAUGUGCCAAUGAUGUAGUGUUACUUGGCUUCAUUAUGAACACAACACUUGAUGGUGUUUACAUAGGCCUCAGCUUUUCUGGAUUUUGGAAUUAUGAUGAUACCACGUGGUAUAACCUGACAGACAUGGUCUCUUCCCAAGUUGGAGAAGAACGCACAGAGCUUUCCAUGGUGGAUAUGGUUUUAACAAAUCAUUUUUUAGUUAUCCUCACCUCUUUGGGUCUUUUUAUAAGUGGAGAUCUUCGCUAUCCAUCCUCCUCUGUCUUAAUGUUUUCAAGGGCAGACUUUUGUGGUUUCGAAAGGGUUGACUACAUCAAAGGAAAACUGUGGUAUAAUGAAAGAUGUUUUGCUAACAGAGAACAUUUUGAAGUUGAUUAUGUUACUAUCACCUUUGAGAGAAACAGGACCCUAAGUGAGGCAAGCUCUUGUUUUUAUAGUAAAGAACCAUUUCUUGAAUGGUUACCUUGCUUACCCCCCAUUUCAAAAGGAAUGAAAACUAUUCUUUCAACUGUGGUAACAUUUCUUGUUGACCAAGAGCAAAGUUCUGGAGUCUACCUCUUCCAUAACCAGAAAAAUACCACUGUCUCUGUGAGGAUCCUAAAAAACAACAAACCAAGAUUAAUACAAAAAUUUCCAAUUUUCUUUUUUCCUUCAUCAUUCUCUUCUCCUGUUGGAAUGACAUUCCACCCACGAAGCCAUUUUCUGUAUGCUUAUGGUAAUCAGGUAUGGCUUUCAAUUGAUGGCGGCAACACCUUUGAAUUAAUAGCUGACUUUCAUGAUGAUAUCAUAAAGAAUACUUAUCAUAGUUUUUAUACUUCAGCUAUUACUUUUGUUUCCCGAAGUGGAAAGGUUUACUUGACAAAGGCAGGGUUAGGAAGAUAUAGUAAAAUUGGAUCUAUUUCUGAUAAAAUUUUCACAUUAUACUAUGACCACAUGGGAUUCAUACAUAAACUGACUCCGGAUCAUUUUGAAGCUGGUGGGUCACUUGCUGCCUUUGGAAAUUCUAAAGGUAUUUUUGGACAGGCUCCUGACAUGGGCUUUGAGACUGUCCUUGCUCCACAGUAUAUCACCUUAAAUGAAAUGAUCUUUUAUGCAUAUGUGCCCGAGAAUGAACCGAAGGAAAGUAUAUACACCAAGAAAUUCAAUGACAUUCACCUUGGAAAAUUGAUACACUCCAGGAAAACUGGAACAGCUUACAUAAGAAAGAUAUUGCAACAUAACACGCCUAAAGGAUUUUUGUCGUCAGUUAUUGCAGAAAUUAUAGACCCUUUUGGAAUAGAGGAAGUGAAUGAAAGCUCUUGUUUGUCUAGUUCCCUUUCCAUUAAUCAAGCUGGAAAUUUCUCCUAUAAGCUUACUCUUCAAUUACAAACUUCAGGUGUUACUUCCUCAUUUCAAGAUUCGGAUAUAGAAAAGACUGUGGUGAUUCCCGGUUACAGCAGCUUCCUGAUCACAAGGAUUUUAGAUAAUGAGAAUGCUUUAGCUAUCGCUACCAUGCCUGAAACAGUACCCCACAAUAUGACCUUUCUACAAGGCUCUUGGUUCUUAUACAACUUUGGGCAAAGGGAUGGACGAACAUGGAACAUACGUUCAAAACCGUGUAAUUACUGGUUUCAACAACGUGAUAAUUCACUAUCCCUCAAUGUCCUGAAAUACAUUGAUCUGGGGAAAUCUCAUACUUUAAAAAUUAAAGUCAUACCUAAUACAAAAGGUGUUCAAACACUUGAAAUCCCACUACUGAAAGUAGUCGUUGGAAACCCAAAUUUGUUGGAAGUUAAAGUUGAAGGCCAUUUUGAUGACACUGAUAGUUAUCUAAUGGAAAUUUCUGCAGCCAGCAAAACUUUACGUCAAGGUUCAACUUCACUGGCGUUUAUUGUGUGGGGAGCAUCGACUGAGUGUCUUGUUACAACAUUCGUGCCAAUGUUGAAAAGCAGCUGUAGUUAUCUCAAGUCUAUGCAUCACAUUCCUAGUGAAAUUAUCCCAUUGGAAGACUGGAUGAGUGGAGUUCACAUGGACAGUCAGGGUUUUAAUAUGAUCAAAGUUUUGCCAAUAAACUACAGGCCUCCCUCUAAUAUGGGAAUAGCUAUUCCACUUACAGAUAAUUUUUAUCAUGCAGAUCCUAGCAAACCCAUACCAAGAAACCUAUUUCACAAGUCAAAGAAAUCUGGUAAAUUCAAACAGUGUGCAAAUGUGUCUACUCGGGAGGAAUGUAAUUGCACAAAUGAUCAGAAGUUUUCACAUGCUGUUGCUUUCUCAGAUUGCAGAGAAAAGGUUCCUCGUUUUAAGUUUCCAGUUACACAAUAUCCAAUUUCUUUGAAAAUUUACAGUGAGGAUGGACAUAUGCCAGUGGAAACUCCAUACCUGGUUACUGUGACUGAAGUGAAUAACAGGGAAAACUGGAACCUAAAACACACUGUGCCAGAAAAUGUAAAAAAAAUGAAAGACUACUUAGAAUCGAUUCUUCAUGCUCCAGUGUAUAAUCCUUUAGGCCUCAACCUAAGUAUAAAGGGCUCUGAGCUCUUUCACUUCAGAGUGUCUGUUGUUCCAGGGGUCUCUUUUUGUAACUUAGGUGAAGAAUUUCAGAUUUAUGUUGACGAAGCCCCUCUGCCAUUUCCAGGACACGCACUUAUUGCCCUCGCAACAGCUGUACUGCUAGGGGGAUUAAUUUUUAUAGCAUUUAUGUUCCAAAUACGUAACAUCCACCCAUGGGAUACAUGCAAAAAAUUGAUUAGGACAAACAAUGUGAAUUAAACAAAUAUUACUGCUAAUUAGCUGGUUCAUCGAUUGAAAAUCUGAAUAGUGAACAAAUGGUAAUCAUAAUUUUCUCUUUAUUUCCUAGUUUCAUUAGACAACUCCUAGAAAAAAAUAUAUUUAAAUGUUAAUGUAAAAACUCGCUAAAAUACUAUAGAAUUACCAUUUUAACUCAAAUUGCUAUUUGUCAACAUGUUUACCAUUCCAUCCUCUUAUAUUGAAUACAUGGAAAAUUUCUUAUGUCAACACUUAUAAUAGAGGAUUUUCCUUGAGGUUUUUAGAAAAAUACAAAAUGAUAACCAUCUCUGUGUGGAACGGGUUUUCUGUAUUUUUCAGCUUUUGUUGACUGGAGCCCAUUCUGGGCCUUGCCCUUUUCAGAUUGGAAUAUGAGUAGAAUGCAAUCCUGCCAGGGAAGGUUGGGUGAUAAAGGAGGCUCCUGUCCAUGUGUGCUUUCAGAGCCUCAUGGAAAUUAAAGAUGAAACCAUUUGGGUUUCUUGAGGCAACUUCAAAACCAGACUGUAGCACCUAAAGAGAAUGAAUUGUGGCCCCAUCGUGGGGUUGGAUGAACACGGGGUCUGGGUGAGGUUCUUAUUUACAAAACUACAUGCAACAUGUAGAAUUCCAAAAGAUUCACCUCUGUGUACUUUCAGAGCACCUGUCCACAGGUAGUCAGAAGAUGGCCACUGCAUUUGGAGAUCAGAGAGUGACACCCUCCUGGAAAAGCUCAGGAGGAGCCGCAGACUGCUCUUGACAACAUAGGGAGAGGCUAGGCAUCCAGUCCAGGAGAGCCCAGCUCUGAGAACUGUAAACAGUGGCCGUAUCUGUAUAUCAUGAAAGUUCUUUUGAGAGGAUAGUGGGCAAGGUAAAUCCAACAAUUAGACUCCGGAGCCAGACGUCCCAGGUUUGCCACUUCCUAGAUGUGUGACCUGAGCACAUUAUUUAAUUUCUGUGUGCCUAAGUGUUUUCACCUGUAAAAUGGGGAUAAUAUUAAUACCUACCUAAUAGGGCUGUUGUGAGGGUCAAAUGAAUUAAUACAUGCAGAGUAAUCAGAAGAGUGCCUGGCUCUGUGAAUACUGUAAGUGUUAGCUGUUGUUGUUAGGUUGUAAGUGAUAGAAAGCCAUUCUGUCUAAUUAUAAUAAAAAGGGAAAUUUAUUGGAAGGAUACUACAGAAAGCCAGAAAAUCAAAGCAAAAUCUGGACAAUCAGUUCUUGUCCAUGGGGAGGAAUGAGAACCAUUCUGGAGACCUAGGAAAACAGGAGUUUGUCAACACCUCAGAACAUCACUUGGGCCAGGGCUCUAGAGAUAAAACAUGGCACAGAAGUUAGAAGUGUAAGCUCCAGAGUCUAACCUGUGUUUCUUCUUUUAAUAAACUUUUUUUUUAGAAUAGUUUAAGAUUUACCGAAAAGUUGUGAAGGUGGCACAGAGGGUUCUCGUAUAACCCACACUCAUUUGUCCCUAGUAUUAAUGUCUCA